CACUGAAACUCGGCCGCAAUGUGGCGCUGCGGUUCCCCGAGCCCGGCGCCAUGCUUGUGGUUGUGCCGCAGCAGCCGACGCAUGCUUGCAGCUGUGUUCCGUAAGUGUUGUGUGGUGUUCCCUAGCAUUUAGGUUUCUCGUGUGUUGCAUGUGGCGUUGGUUGUUUGCAAUACUGCUGCGUUGGAAGCUUCCUCUACGGAUACACGCUGUAAAGACUUGGAAAAGUGCCCACACCGGAGCACGUUGUUGCGCGACAAAAAGCUGCUGUGUACGUCUCAUUCGGCGCGACUGCAGUGUAACAUGCAACUCAGCGACUACGCAAAGUCGCUGCCUGACCCCGAGCGCAGCAGAUACAUCAUCAAAAUCGCGAAAUGCGGCGGAGAUGACCCGUUGGCGCUGUCCGAUGACCACUUUACGAACGAUGUUGCUUUUUAUCCAAGUGUCGACCGUGCGGACAUCAGAGACUAUCUAGUCCACGGGACGAGCUUCGUGACGCGGGAUCAGCUAAAGAGCUAUAAAUCCCUGGAGGCUCAUAAUUACGUCACCAGUGGUCUCGUGGAGCCACCAAGAGUGAAAGUUCGUGAGGGCAACGUCGUCGUCGUUGGAAAGGUAGGCUGUACUUAUAUAAUGUACCGCAUGUCAGCGGCUUGGGGCAUUUUUUCAGUCGUCCAGAAAUAUAGCGAUGGAGCAAGCAAUGUAUGUGGCGCCCAGUCCGUCGCACUUGUCGCUAGAUCGUCGGUGAAGUUGCUCUGUGAUGUAUCUUUUCUCCCUGCGCAGGUCCGCCACUCUCAGGCGUUCAGAGAUAAGCUGCUGCUGCCGUGGCUGUUGAUUAAAGCUGACGGGGAAGUUUUGUGCGCGCACUGUACGUGCAUGGCCGGCCUCGGGGAGGCGUGCUCACACGUUGGUGCAGUGCUCUUUUAUUUGGAGGCUGUUGUGACACGCCGGGAUGGUCAAUCAUGCACAGAUGGGCAAAAUGCAUGGCUACCGCCUCAUCUCGUCAGUCUGGAAUGCCGACCGGUGGCAGAGAUGGACUUCGAGUCUUCCGCAAUGAAAAAACGCCGCCUGGACGACACUGAGGCUGCCCCCCGCGACCCACCAAGUGUUGAAAUGCCCAAGCCGAGAGAGGACGAGAUGUUAAAGUUUUUCUCGUCAUUGAGUAAAUCUGAGGGUAGGCCAGCACUUCUCUCGCUUGCCCAAAAAUUUGCUGACCCCUACAUUCCCUUGGGCUUGAAGUACCCUAAGCUCCUCCUCCGCAAUCUGCAAAGGAAGCAGUGCCCAAUUUCCUUGGAGGAUGUACAGGCAGAAUGCCGUAAUGUCUUGCAGGACCUCUCAAUUGAGCCUGAUGUGUGUGUACUGAUCGAGAAGCAGACAAAGGCCCAAUCUGCAUCCGAGAAGUGGCAUUUAUAUCGGACUGGACGCAUCACAGCUUCAAAUGCAGGAGCGGUAUUUGCAACUUCAUUGACCAAGCCUUCAAAGAGCCUGCUGAAGAGACUGUGCUACCCAGAGGACUGCAAAUUCCAGACUGCAGCAACUCAGUGGGGAAAGAAGAAAGAAGCUGCUGGGAGGGCAGCUUACAUAGAGGCAAUGCAGAAGCACCAUCUAGGCUUUAAGUGUGAAAUGUCUGGCCUCCACAUAAGCAUAGAGCGACCAUUUCUGGCUGCAACUCCUGAUGGCCUUGUACAUUGCAAUUGUUGUGGAGACGGCCUUCUGGAGAUAAAAUGUCCAUACUCUGCAAAAGAUGCACUUAUUUGCGAAAUUCCAGAGCGGCAACGAUCUUAUCUUGUAGUUGAUGGCAAUGAUGCAAAGUUAUUGAGAAACCAUCAUUACUUCAAGCAAACUGCUGAGCCUAAUGUAAGCAGCAUCAAGCCACCUUUCUACUGUCCUCGUUACGGUUGA